AUGGAAUUCGACUACUACCAUCUCGAAUCAGACGAGAAGUUCGAAGCAUAUUUCAAAUUUGUUCGUCAGGUGGCCAUGGAAGACUAUGAGCUGUGUGAAAGGGCGCAGGGAAACUUGCAGAAUGGCGUGUAUAACGAGGGAAUUUUGAAUCCGGCCAAAGAGACUGGAGUGGCAUACUAUCAAAGUCGGGUCUUUGACCUGGUCACUGAGCAGCAUAGGCUCGAGAAAGCGAGCGAAGAUCCGGAAAAGGCGGUGGAGGGCGGGAACAACCACUCCGCACAAGUUGCUACAGUUCUCUCAGAAUGGGAUCCUGAACCUCCAAGAAUCGUCCAUAUCAGCCACUUUCCCAUCCUGGGACCCUCCUUUGUGCCAACUGGUAUUUCCGCCAAGGUGUUAAAUGUGGAAGUUAUAUCUUUCGCGACCGAUGAGCGGGAAAAGAAGAUGAGAUCUGCUCUUCCCUUCCGCACCUUCGGUUCGAAUUCCCAGCUUAACGUAGCUUGCAUUGAUGAUUUGUUGUUGAGAAGGGCUGCUUCGCCAGAAGCUCAUAUAUCGGAGAGUAAAAGGCCUACCGCGGAAGCUGGUCAAUCAUCGACAGCAAAUGUGUUCAAGGAAUCUGACUUCCCCGAGAACUGGUGGACUGGAGAUGAAGUGUUUCGAUUGGAGAGGCGGGCGAUCUUUAGUAAGACAUGGCUCUAUAUCGCGCACAUAAGCCGCUUCACCAAACCGGGUGACUACCAUGCGUUUGAAAUCUGUAGAUUCCCCCUUUUUCUCAUCCAAGGGAAGGAUGGCAUUAUCCGGGCAUUUCACAAUGUUUGCCGACACAGAGCCUAUCCAGUCAUCUCAAUGAAGAAGUCGGGCUCCUCGACUGUGAUCGGGUGCAGAUACCAUGGCUGGAGCUAUAAUACCAGCGGACGACUCAUCAAAGCGCCGCAGUUUGAGUGUCUGGAAGGCUUUGAUAAAAACCAGAAUAGCCUCUUCGAGAUUCGUUCAGCGGUAACGAAAAAUGGGUUGAUUUUUGUGAAUUUGGAUGCAAGAGGUGAUCUGCCCGAACUUGGACUUGGUGGGCAUGGAAUUGGUGGAUUCACGAAUCAGAUAUCAAGGAAAUCAGUGUGGAUUGAUGGCUGGGAGAUUGAAGGCAAAUUUAAUUGGAAGAUGGCCGUUCGGAAUCUAUAUGUCGACAAAAACACCGCAGCACGAGUGAAGCGAGAAUCGAGUAGCUCGAGUAGCUCGAGUUCGAUUCUUCAAUCGAUCUUCGGCGUCACAAGAACGGAUAAACCCAGAUCAUUCAGUUUGGAUGCUUUCUGUACAACCCUGACCCAUGUUUCUGAAGAAGGAAGCAUCUGGUAUUCCGUCUCCAUAACUCCUAUAGGCGCAAGCCGCUCAAAUAUCCGCUGUGAUGUGUACGGCGAUUUGGCAAGGAAACAGGUUGAGAGUCAAGAAAUAUCAAAUCACAUAAAAUCCAUCCUUGAAUCUAGAAUACGGGAAUUCGAAACGGCGUAUGAGGCACUGGGCAGCCCCGGAAGGUAUGGCAUCGCGCAGAUUCAUCGCGUGAAAGAGGACAUAGACAAUGGUACCCAUGACCAAUCCGCACAAGAGAUCAUUCUUUCGCAUUUGAAAUCUCACCUCAAGCUUGAGCGGGCUGCAGGCGAAGAAAUCUUGCCGACAGUGACAAGGUCACGCACCAGUGACAGAUACAAACUCGCAAAUGAAUUAUGCAAAGAGCUGGAAAAUAUGGAACAACCUGUUGCAUCAAAUAUCGCUUGCCAAAUGUUCAAAGAUUCGCUUGCUUGGUAA